UGUUUGUAAUCUGAGAAAAGGAAAAAACUCGUUGAAUAUACUAUAAAAUAUUCAGUUUUAAAAGUGUCCGUUUGUACACUGUUGCUUCCGUCUGUUUAAUGUAGUGCAUUAAGUCUCCAAAUGAACGGAAUGGAUCGCACAAGUAUAGGAAACUCCUAUGGAAGGAGUUUGACAUCUCCGAAGAAACGUAUGUCAAUAGUGCAGUCUUUGAAAAAAAACAAUUCAACUAUCAGUAUAUCCGGACGUUCGAAUCAAUCCGUUCAGAUAAUAUGCAAAACACACAAUCAUGUGGCAGAAAGUUUUGGAUCUUCAUUGCCUGUUCUCGUCACAGAGGCUUUAACAUUCAUCGAUGUAAACACUUCUGUCAGUGUGAACAUUUCAACGGAUGGUUGGGCUUGGCUUGUGUGUGGUCGCAGAAUCUUUGUAUGGCAGUGCAAAACUACCAUUCACGAUCCAAAGCAAAGAAAAACAUUUAAAAGUCAAUGCCGUGAAUUACUGUUACCCCAGAGUGAUUUAGCUCAUAAAGCAGACUGUAUAGCUGUGUGGUUACCUCCGGGCCAUCAGGUUCCUAGUUGUAUGGCUGUUUCGCCUGAAGGUAUAGUACGUUAUUGGGCCAGUGUUGCACAUGAAGAAUCCUCAGUAGAAACGAGUGCGGAACUUGCUGGACAAGAAGUGAACUGUCUUACUUAUGUUCCUGGGCAUGGUUGCAUUUUGGCCACAACCACGUGUACAGUGGCGUUAUUGCAACCUCAGUUUGCGAAUGGAAAAAAUAGUAUUUUGUGCCAAGUCCUUAGGUCCAGUCAAGGCUGGUUAGGAGGCAUAGGACGUAGAAUGACUUCUCUUAUUUUCGGAGCUAUACCUCAAUCCCCAGUUGUAGAAUCUAAAUUAGUGAAGGUUGUCUGCACAGGAUUGGGGGACAGAGAUUCUAGAGUUUUCAUUUUGGCUGGCUCAUCCUUACAGUACUGGUCGUUUCCUCAUAACGAACAAGAAAAGAUGGAGUUUGAUGAAGAUAUAGGGAACAUUGUUUCUCAAGCAUUUCAAAAAAAAAUUCCAAAACUGAGCACAUGUAAUCUACAAAGUAUAAAUACGUGGUUGAUCGAUAUGCAACCUUGCGACGAAGGGAUAGUAUUUUUAAUGGCAGCGCAGCUGGGCAGCGAGAUACUAAUUGAAACACACUUUGCUAUUGGUUUAAUACAGCUGUCUUCUACAACAUUGGCAAAUACAUUUAAAUGGUUUAUACCGAUUAAAAUGAAUGUCCUUUUUUGUCCUCAGUACACUGAAUCACUUUUGGUUUAUUACCGUUUCAUAUUAUGCGGCUGUGAAGCUAUAAUAUAUGAUAAUGAGAAUGUAAUUGUCGUGAACUGUAUGUCUGAGUAUGAACAAGAUCAAAUAAAUUUAAUACGAAAAGAGGACCAGAUACUUGGUGGUGCAUUGUGUUCAGGAACUCCAGUAUUAUUUACGAAACUGCUGGGAUUGGUUUCAAUUAUGCCAACAGAUUUUGCAUCGCACGAGUUUAAUGGGAGUUCCACAGACACAAGCAUAAACGCGGAUUAUUCUAUUAGCUACCGAGCUAAUUCUGUAGCACAGACUUUCACUAGUCUUAUAAGCAACGAUGAAAUUCAGGACAUGUUCUACAGUUCUGACGGUGCGACGCAAUUGCGAGCUGCGUUUCUUCUUAGUCUACGUCAGAAUAAGGCGCAAUGCGAGGAGAUUCUAUCGCAACUGUUCCCCUUGCAAGAAGAACCAAUAAUGGAUAUAGAUGCUAGCCUGGACACUCUAAUCGUGAAAGUCGCGCAGGAUUUGAUAGACGAUUAUCCAGCAAAUGAUCCACGUUGGUCUAACCACAGGGAUUUGUCUAUGACAAUAAAUGCAGUUACAUCUAUGCAAAUACCUCAUCAAUUAGAGGGGAAACAGAAAGCAUUGGAUCUAUUUAUAGCGUUUCUAAAGGAGCAUAAUUUAUGGAGCAGAUUGUGCGCCGUUAGUUAUCGGGGAAUAAUAAUGUCUACAUCGCAUGUUCUUGGGGAAUACGCGGAGAAAAUAGUUGCAGCGUUAACUAUAUAUAAUCUUCACAACAAAUAUCCAGACAUUGUGGACAAUGUGAUUGAACAAACAUUGAGUCCCGAAUCUUAUGUAUCCGACGAGCUAACAUCACGUGAUGUAUUUUACCGUGAAGUGAGUACGGUACAUCAGUUCCUUCCCACCUUGGUAAAUAAUGCGAACGAAGUGACACAGUCUGAAAGACCUAUCCAACAAGUGGCGCAUUACAUUAUGCAAGUGAAUGGAAUAUUGGUGGGUGUACUGCACGAGGUACUUAAAUAUAGGCAAUACAAUGCCGAACGAUUCACUUCUACAAGGUGUUCAAAUGGUGUAACGGAAUACCUUCCAUGGACUGCUGCGAUUGGAAAACACUCACUGAGAAAUUGUCUCACCACAAUGUAUAAUUUAACUCUUAAGCACGGUAUUACUGGAACUAACGAUUCGGCGGUGAGGAGCGAAUUGUACGAGCAAUUAGUAAGCUUUAUAGAUUUAAUAUUAGACGGUCGAAAAUGUCAUUUAGAAAGCGUCCGAGACACAGAGAAGUUUGAGAUACUUUUGAAGCAAUACGAGACAGAUCGAACGAAUUUAAUUCAACCUUUGAUAAAGGAAGAACAGUACGACAGCGCCGCGAUGCUGGCUGAGAAGUAUUGCGACUUCGCGUCUCUUAUACAGAUAUGCGAAUUGACUAACAAUAAAAACCGAUUAGACGGGUAUAUGGAAAAAUUCUCGGAUCAAGACUUUGUCGGUUACUUAUUUUCAUGGUACGUAAAAGAUGGCCGGCAGGGUCAGUUAGUCGAAAAAUGUAGACGGGGUGGUACUGCAGAAUUGGCAGGAAAAUUAGCGGAACAUCCAACUUUAUCGUGGGUGCAAUCUGCGCUGACCGAUGACUUAAAAUUCGCUGCCAGUACGCUUUAUUCUUUAGCGAUCGAAGAAAAUGAAUUGGUGACUCGCAAAAAGACCAUGCUUUCUUUAGCAAAAUUGGCUCUCCUCGCUUCAGAUAUAGAGAAAUUACGAGUAUUCACGCCGACAGAGUUAAUCACGCUUUACACGUCCGAAGAGAACGUGGAUGCGAACGAGUACGAUUUCAAGAAAGCUCUCGAUUUACUGGAGUACGUGGAACAGAAAGAUGAGAAGAAGUCGUUGAAAUUACGUAUUUGGGCACGAGCCGCGAAGCGGGAAGAAUGGAACACUAUAGAGAAAAAUCCGGAACAACAGGUGCAAGAAACAGUGUUCUUUAAGUUAAUGGACCUUGUACAUUUCAUGGGUGGAAGAGCAGAAGAGUUUCUCCCGCCAGUCGAUACACUUUUGGUAGAGCCUGAAUUGGGAAGCCUUGCCGCUUCAAGUAACUUUCAAUUUCUGAUAAAGUUCGUGUACGAGUACGCAUAUCACAAUUAUUAAACUAGCUAAUCGAUUGUAAGUAAGAACGAAAUUUGUAUUUUUUUAAUGUAAUAAAGUUUUAUCGUAUCCAAACCGUCAGUGUUUGGCUUACACGCUGCAAUCCCGUGGUAGAAUGCGUAAAAUUUGAGAAAUUGUAUUA